CUGUAGCCUAAACUUCAAAAGCCCGCCCCUGGGAGGGGAGGGGGUGAGGAGACGAGGUCUAGCCGUGCGCCUGCGUACUGAGGUCGGACGGCAGAGGUCUCGCGGCGACCCCUCGCAAGCUCUGCAAACCGCGCGAGAUUUCCUCCCGAGCUCCUCGGCGGUGAGUGAAACGCGGGGCUCCGCCGGCAGGUCCUAUUAGGGCUGGGGAGCCCGAGGCUGGGUCGGGUCCUUCAGGAGUUAUUUUAUACAGAAGUCUUGUGAGACCACUGUGCAAACAAGGUGAUGAUUGUACAAAGAGUGGUAUUGAAUUCCCGACCUGGAAAAAAUGGUAAUCCAGUGGCGGAAAAUUUCCGAGUAGAAGAAGUAAACUUACCAGAUAAUAUCAAUGAAGGACAAGUACAAGUCAGAACUCUUUACCUUUCUGUGGAUCCUUACAUGCGUUGUAGAAUGAAUGAAGACACUGGCAGUGACUAUAUAUCACCUUGGCAGCUGUCUCAGGUGGUUGAUGGUGGAGGUAUUGGGAUUAUAGAAGAAAGCAAACACACAAAUUUUACUAAAGGCGAUUUUGUGACUUCUUUCUAUUGGCCCUGGCAAACCAAGGUUAUUCUAGAUGGAAAUAUCCUUGAAAAGGUAGACCCACAGCUUGUGGAUGGACACCUUUCAUACUUUCUUGGAGCUAUAGGGAUGCCUGGUUUGACUUCCUUGAUUGGGAUACAGGAAAAAGGUCAUAUAACUGCUGGAUCUAAUCAGACAAUGGUUGUUAGUGGGGCUGCUGGUGCUUGUGGAUCCUUAGCUGGGCAGAUUGGCCAUUUGAUGGGCUGUUCCAGAGUUGUGGGAAUUUGUGGAACACCUGAGAAGUGCCUCCUUUUGACCUCAGAACUGGGCUUUGAUGCUGCAAUUAAUUAUAAAGAGGGGAGUGUGGCAGAACAACUCCGUGAAUUAUGCCCCUCUGGAGUGGAUGUUUACUUUGACAAUGUUGGCGGUGACAUCAGCGAUACAGUGAUAAGUCAGAUGAAUCAGGACAGCCACAUCAUCCUAUGUGGUCAAAUUUCUCAGUACAACAAAGAUGUGCCUUAUCCUCCUCCACUACCCUCUGCUGUAGAAGCAAUCCGGAAAGAAAGAAACAUCACAAGAGAAAGAUUUCUGGUGUUAAAUUUUAAGGACAAAUUUGAGUCUGGCAUUCUCCAGCUGAGUCAGUGGUUUAAAGAAGGAAAGCUAAAGAUUAAAGAGACUAUGAUAAAUGGAUUGGAAAACAUGGGAGCUGCAUUCCAGUCCAUGAUGACAGGAGGUAACAUCGGAAAGCAGAUAGUUUGCAUUUCAGAAGAAACCUCUUUGUUAUCUCUAUAAACAUCUUCAUUAUGAAAUACAUGGAUUGCUUUCCGUUUUGCACAAAGAUUUCAAGAUACAUUAAAAAAAACCCUUAAGAGUACAGAUAGCUUUUGAUUUAAAUGUGAUCAUAGGUGAUAUUUUCUUAGCUGCAUAAUUCUUUCCUAUAUCUUCAAUAUCGUAUAUGUAUUCUUCAUCCAAUAUGAUUAUUUACAAUAAUAGAUUGAAGUCAACAUGACCUAUUUUUCCUUCUUUUGCUAAAACUAAUAUUACAUGAAAUUUAUAUCAGAUAUUCUGAAACCACUGGAGAUUUGAUGUAACUGUUUAAUCAUACAAAAUAUUUUUUAAAUUAAUAACUUUUAUUAACUUCAUAAGUUGUAUUUAAAAUAGAAUACUUGAGAAGGCACUUAGUAAAUAUUGAACUGGA